ACGGCUCCAUUCCUCACCAGACACCAGCCCACCGCCACCGCCACCGCCACCGGCCCACCGCCACCGCCACCUUUUUCUUCGUAUCCACACGCGCGCGUCGUAGCAACGCAGCAAAAGCUCGCACGUAGCAGUAGCACCGCAGCAGAGUUCGCACGUGGCCGCAAGGAUGUGUGGCGGCGCGAUCAUCUCCGAGUUCAUCCCGCAGCACGGCCGCGCGGCCGGUGGCAGCAAGCGGGGCCUCUGCGCCGGGGACUUCUGGCAGCAGAACUUCGACGACGUCCCAGCAGACCACGAGCUCACCGGCGCAUCGUUCCCGCCCGACCAAGGUCUGUACGUGGUUGCAGAGCCGGCCAGGAAGCGGGAGCGCAAGACGAUGUACCGUGGCAUCCGUCGGCGGCCGUGGGGCAAGUGGGCGGCCGAGAUCCGCGACCCGGCCAAGGGCGCGCGCGUCUGGCUCGGCACCUUCGCCACCGCCGAGGCGGCCGCUCGCGCCUACGAUCGCGCCGCGCGCCGCAUCCGCGGGGCCAAGGCCAAGGUCAACUUCCCCAACGAGGACCCGCCGCCCGACCCCGAUGUCCAGGGGAUGGCGGUGAUGAACAGGGAGCUCAUGGACUACGACGCCGUCAUGGGCUUCUUCCACCAGCACACGUACGUGCCCGACGGCGUGCCGGUGACAGCGGCGCCGGAGGAGGCGACCACGGUGGCGUACGUGCACCAGCAGCAGCUGCCGGAGCACCCGGACGCGGGGAUGGAGCUGUGGAACUUCGAUAUCAUCAACACGCCCGUGCCGAUGUGAUUGAUCGUGAGAUAGUGUGCCCUGCUGCUUUACUGCUUAAACUUGUCGCAGCCGGCAGCCCGUUGUUUCCAAUAUGUUUUUAAAUGUUUCGUUAGGUUUCUACUUUAUAGGACUUCGAUGUAACUAGGGUAGAACUCUGAAACGACCGUUGUUGGCUUGUGCCAUUCUUCUUCUAGCCGCAUCGAGUUCUUGUGUAAAAAUGAAUGUCUCCAGGAAUAAAUUGCGAUGGAUUCAUACUUCUUCUAA